GUCACGUGAUGUAGUUGUGUGCCCCUGUUUUUCUUCCCCCACCCAGCUGCAUGUCUUCCAUUGACUUUGAACGGGAUCAAAACUGGGAUUUAAUGGAAGCGGUCAUUGUAUACAUGUAAAACAUGAGUAAACGAAGCAAUGUCUCGUAUGUGAAGCCGGCCGAACCCGCCUUCCUCAGGAAGUUUAAGGAAGAUGUGGGUUACAAGUCCGGGCCGACGGUGGAAACCAAGAGCCAGCAGCUCACACCUGUUGAUAGUGACAGUGGACAGAGCGAUCCAGAAGACGAGCAGCCACAGGUUGUAGUCCUUCGUCAGGGGGACUUGACAGCUGAAGAAGCAGCAAAAAUCAAACAGAAUACAGUAAACUCAAAGAAAUCUGAGGAUCCAGAGCCAGAGGAUGGGAAGCAUGUAUUCAGGAAACCGGCAAAGCGUUCUUCAGGUGACAACUUUACAGGCCUGACUGCCACUUCUAGCAAAAAGAAAAAGGAAGAGCGAAAAGAGCAAACAGAACCCUCAAAUUCAGAGAACAAACCAAAGCAAAUAAAAAACAGCAGCUUGCUGUCUUUUGAGGACGAUGAAGAAGAUGAUUAGAGAGAGCAGGACGUACUCUACCUCUGUUAGAUUCUUAUUAAUAGGAAGCUAAUGGUAAGGGUAUCCUGCAGUUGGAUGAACCCAACUUAUCAGCUCUGUACAGUUCAAAAUUGAUUUAGUUACAUUGAGACACAGCUAACGCUGGUAUUUUAUUGCUUAUAACUAGUAGUUAACUCAGUCUACUGUUGUUGUUGUGUUGUUUCCUCCUUCGUCAUGGCCAAGAGCUCAGUUGUUAUUAUAAAUGUGUUAAAAAGAAUAUGAGGAGGCUCGGAGGCAAAAGGAAAAGGGAUAUCACUCAUCAUCAAGCCAACUUAAAUGCAUAUUGUUUUUGCAGCUGAAAUCUACAGCAAGCUGAGUGCUAUAUUUAAUCUUCCUGUCAUUGAAAUCAAUGGGUGAGGCCCCAAUGAGUGGUGUUUACAAGAGCAAGUGAUGUAUGAAAUCAGAGUGGUGAGGAAUCAAAUUAAAAUGAGAAAUUUUUAUAAAACAAGAAUAUAAAUUAAUUGUCAGUGUUUUAUUUUGUCGCUGUGUUCAACAAGUGAUAUUCAGCCCUAUAUCUGCCUUUAAAUUUUAAUUCACAAUUGAGUGCAUAUUGAAGAAAAACAAAAUUCUACAUCUGAUGAAAGGUAAUUGACCUGAAAUGUUAAGUUUUUCUUUCCACAGUUGUUGCCUGACUUGUUUAUUGUUGCCAGUAUUUUCUGUUUCAGAUUUUCAGCAGCAUCAGAACUUUGCUGUUGUACACUUACUAUAUUGUUUUUGGUGCAGUACGUAGGCUGUAAUCCCUUGCUGGCAAUUCCUGAGUGUGAGCUGAUGAAUGAAUAUGAGAGAGCGACAGUCUUUACAAUGUUAACAAGUUCACUUGACAUGCCUGACAGGGGAACUGUUGGAAUCAGAUUGGCUACCUGUUUUACAUCCUGACAAAUGCCACUUUCUAUUCACUUCAGUGCAAAAUAAAAUGAGGUGGGAUGUUAGCAUGGACAGUUGACCAGAUCCUGCCACUUUCCUGCUGAGCAGGUGAGUUUAAACUAACCCAUUUUCUGGGUCUCAGUAAUGGCAAAUGGCUUACUAGUUCAAGAACACUCUCUUCACCUUUCCUGAUUUGGCAGCUCUCCCACCCCCACUGGCCCCAGUUUCUCAUGCACUGCCAUGGAAUAUCCACAGAAUCCACAAAUCUGUGCCUGUCAUUCCCAGAUAUUCAUGUUUGAGACUCUAUGACUCUAAUUGUGUUUCCGCCCAUGCUUCAUAGCUCUCAUUGAAGUUGCAAAUAGCAUCUUGUGACUAUGUUAAACUGUCCCUCUUUGUCUUUCUCAAUCUGCAGCACUUGAUUCCACUACAUAUUCAUCUUCAAACAGCUAUCCUUCAUUGUCUUCCUGGAUGGAACUACCGUACUCGCCUAGUUCCAUACCACGUUGUAGCCAGAGAAUCACUAGCAGUGGUUUCCCUUCCUGUUUCCAUAACUUUAACCCCAUUGACCUCCUCCUGUUUCUCAAUUACAUGCUGGCCCUUAGCAACUCAUGCAGAAACACAGUUUUCAAACACGUUGACAACACCCAGCCUUGCGUCACUCUCUCAACUUGUCAUUAAAUUAUCUGAUUAUCUAUAACUGAAUGUGCAGAUAUUUCCUCCAGUUAAAUAUUGUGAAGACUGAAGCUAAUGCCUUUGAUCCAUGCCUCAAACUCUGCUCCCUCGCCACCAACUGCUGUCAGACGUUGGAUCAGACAGUUCACAACCUCGCGAUUAUUUUUGACCUCUGUGUAUUUUCCACCAUAUAUCUGCUUUUAGUAGCAUAAUCUUUAAGGAGGUAGAGCAACCAUUCUCAUUCCACGUGGGAAUGCGGGUUAUAAGCUCCUUUUUGGGAGCCAAACAAUGUGUUUUUAUAGUGAUGUCACUGCAUCCGUGGUUUUAUCCUUUGUGAGAUUUGUAUUGAAAUGCUCAUCUUUGUGCAUUUUUUUUUACUGUAGUAGCAUAUCAGAUAGACUGCUUAUUUUCACCUUCGAAACGUCACCAUCCACACCCCUUACUCAGU